GCAUACCAAAAUGGAGCACUCCUCGCAGGCCAGAAGCUGUACGAGACGAGGGACAACUCCAGCCUUCACUACCACCUCAAUCCUCUCAUUGGAGCCGUCCGUCAGAUAUGACAGAGCCCAGCAGGUGUCGGCCAGGACCAGCCUGCUAUCAAUGUGGAGAAGUUUCCCCAGAGCAGGGUGCAUCUGCUGCACAGCUUCCAGGGGAGGGGGAUCCUUGUGUCGACACAGGCUGGCGAGUGUCCAGGCAAUGUUUGCCAGUGGGCUGUGUUGGUUUAUUUUGAAUUAUGCACGAAUGGAAGGAGUGUCCUGUGAAAGAGUCUGUGUCCCUGUUUGGUCCAGCCCACACCCUCCCAUUCCACCUCAUCCCAACCGCUCCCGGAGCGUUCCUAUAUAAUCCCAGGAAUCCCAACCUGGGAACAAACAGAGCAGUGAGUCCAAAACUGAUUCCACCAAGAUGACAGGAAUUACUCUGGUUCUUUUGUUUCUGCUUUUCCCUCUUUAUGACACAGAGGAGCAAGUCCUAAAUGAGCUGUACACCUUGAAAGAAAAGGAAGCUGCUCCAAGCAACCAGAGCAGGCUCCUGGUUAAAGAGCCCACCCUGCCCAUCAAUGAGCUUCUGGAGAAAAGCAGCCAGACUACUGAGUCUAAACUAAACUUCCACCCUUUACCACCCGCCGCAUGGCCCAAGCACGGCAACCUGGACCCUGUCCUUCGCCACCACGGCCCCAACAACAAGAGCAAAAAGGGCCACAAGAGUGAUCGUUUGACAGAGCACAACAGUGAGAAAAACCGAGGGGAAGCUGCCGGUCUCCUCCCCAAGACCCAGAUCACAGGAUCCAUCAACGCUGGCACCAACCGUACAGCGCAGAAAACCAACCAGGACACCCAGACCCACAUCACCCCUCCUCAGCAGGAGGAACUGCACGGACACCCAAACUCCAAACCCAAGACUCCAGCUCAGGCACCGCAUCAAACACCUUCUUCCCCACGCAGAGACCCCUCCAACCGACAGCAGGACCCAGAGGAGAACCGGCCUGGAAGGUCCGGCCUCUUCCAAUCUGGAAUCCUCCCAGCAGCCUGGAAUAAUAGUCGCCCACCAGUCUUUUUAAGCCGACGCUCCUCCAGCCUGCUUUACCAGUUUGACGUCCUGAAGAGAGGUAGGAGAGAGUCUGACUACACACACGAUGCCUUCUGCAUGAGCGAGUGCAGAAAGGAGAAGGAUGAGAGGGAAUAUUACUGCUACAGUGAGUUUGCUGUCAACGGAAUCGUUCACGAUAUUGAUGUGUUGAGGAAAGGAGUUCGAUUGAUUACGCUGAUGGUCAGCGCCGACGGCUUCUACAAGAUGAGUCGUCUCUAUGUGACUCCAGACAGCUUCUUCUUCAAGGUUCGCCUCCUGGUAUUGGACACCUACAAGUGCAGUAAGCCCUGCCCUGAUCUCAAGCUUGGAGCCAGAUACAUCGUGAUGGGUCAGAUCUUCCACCGGAGGCGCCACCUUCCCAAUGACCUGCUGACCCUUGUGGCUGGCAAACUAAAGCCCGGCGAUGGCCUCCUGCGCAGCAGCAACUACGUCAAACGCUUCAACAAACGGAGACACCAGAAAGCUCUGGAGGCCGUCCGCUCCAGGUGUAGGUGAACCAGAGACGAGACUGUCACCUCCUGGUGCAGGGGAAGAGACUUUGCUGCUGAUCUUACUUAACCAUUUGGCAUUGUGAUAAACACAGGACAUGGUGCAGACAUGGAUGUGUUCCCAUGUGGACUGCUGCCAUGCGGCGCCAUAUCUGCUCCAUUUAUAAAGUUCCCAAAGAACUGAACUGAAAUUUUGUCCAAUACGAACCAAUACGACGAACUGGCCUCAAAUGUAAAUGCUUCUCCUCAUCUCAUCAACUCCAUUGAAACUCUUCAUGCAUUCAUGGCUGGUACAUGAAGUCCCAGAGUCCAACUGUUAUACUUUCCUAAAGGGAAAUGAGGCUGAUCUAAAGCACAAAAAAAAUCAUCUUUAAAUUAAAUCCUCAUCUCCUCCGAAUUGCGACAAUGUAAAUAGUUUC